AUGUCCAGCUGUGAAGAUUUCCUCCACCUGCAGCUCCUCCCUGCGGCUCACAGAGAAGAUGUCGGACCAUCAUCACCGUCCGGGUCCGAAGAGGAGCUCCACCACCACCAGAGAAAACUGCUGGAUGAGAUCUUAACACCUGAAUCACAACAGAAAACAGCAGGUGGGUUUUCUUUCUCCUGUUUAGUGUUUGUAUCAUGUUAAAGUAUCAAGUAGCUCAUCCUGUUACGCGCGUUCACGUACACGUUCACGUUAGCAGCAGGUAGCUCAGUUAGCAUCAGCUGGGUGUCACCAUAGAUCUAUAUAUAAACGCUAGAUGUCUUACGCACGCUGUUAGCCAAUGGAGACAGACGUCCGCGUCAUAGUUUCAUUGCUUGUUAAUGUUAAAGUAACUAUUAACUUACAUUCAUAAACUAUCUAUUUACCAUUUAUAAUUGAUCUAUCUUCUGUUUUUAAAUGAUGAUUAAACAUUAAUAAACUAUUUAUUUACCAUUUAUAAAUGAUGGUUAUUGUAAAGUGUUACCUGGCAAUAAUAAUAACUUUAUUUUUUAUAGCACUUUUGAAAACAGAAGUUUACAAAGUGCUUUGACAUUUAGUCAUAAAAGACAGAUAAAAACAAAAAGCUCAGUUAAAACGGAAUUAAAGGUCAUUUUCAUAAGACAAUACAAGAACCAUGCAACAUAAAAUGAGACAAUGAGGACCAAAAUAAAAACAUAAGAUAGGUAAGAAAAAGAAAAUGCAAUUAAAAGGGGGGGGGGGGGGGGGGGGCAAAAGUGGGAAAGAGGAUAGUAAAUGUCAAUGUUGAUAAUAGACAAUAUCAAAAGUGAUAAUAAAAUAAUAACAGGUAAUACUGAUAAUAAUAGAAAUGAUAAAACAGAGCAACAGAAAUGAGCAAGAGAUAGAACAAUAAAAAGGCCUAAAAGGUUAAAAAGAAAAGAGUAUUAGUAUAACAAAAGCUAAAAAGACAGAAAGGCUGAAAUAAGAUUAAAAAAAGUAAAAGAGAUAAAAGAUGAAAAAUAAAAGAAGAAAAGCUGGUUUUGAUGUCUUCUUGUAUUUCUCAGUGUCUUUGGCUGAUGUCCAGCAGCUGUUGGCGAUUAAACAGGAACCCCCUGAGCAGCAGGAAUGGAGUCUCAGUUUGGACCAGGAGGACACUAAACCUCUGAACAUUAAAGAGGAGCAGGAGGAACUCUGGAGCAGCCAGGAGGAGGAGGAGCAGCUUCAAGGACCAGAGGAGGCUGAUAUUACUAAGUUUCCAUUUACUGUUGUCAUUGUGAAGACUGAAGAUGAUGAAGAGAAGCCUCAACCCUCACAGCUUUGCCAAAAAGAAACUGAAUGUAUGGAAACAGAGGAUAAAAGUGAGUAUUGGGAGGGACCAGAACCAGCCAGGAACUCCGAGAUUGGGGUCAAGACUGAGAACUCUUCUGGACCUGAGACUCAAGACAGUGAUGAUAAAUGUAAGGAGACACCAGAUGAUCAAAUAAGUUUAAAUACUGUAGAAAACCGCGAAGAGGUGAGACCAAAAUUAGUUAGGAAACCACACAGCUGUUCUCAGUGUGGGAAAACAUUCAAAAGAAACUGGCAUCUGACUGAACACAUGAUGAUUCACACAGGAGAGAGACCCUAUAGCUGCUCUCUGUGCGGGAAAAGAUUUGCCAGAAAAUAUCCUCUGACCCAACACAUAAUGAUCCAUACGGCAGAGAAACCAUUUAGCUGCUCUGAGUGUGGGAAGAGAUUUAAUACAAAAAGAAGCAUGAAAAGACACCGGAUAGUCCACAGUGGGUGUCGAGUAUUUAGCUGCUCUGAGGGGGGUAGAAAAUUUAGGCAUAAAAAAUAUUUUACCCAUCACAGGCAGGAGAAACCCCUCAGCAUGUCUGAGUAUGGGUCAGCCAAUACAGAAACUGUGGUUAGUGACAAACAAGCUGGAGGGUUUCUCUCCUGUGUGAAUUUGAAUAAGCGUAACACAACCCAAACAAAGACAACCAUCAGUGAAAUUCAUAAUCAUAGAGGAAAGAAGCCCUGUAGCUCACCUGUGGAUGGUACAGCCCAAACAAAAACUAUCUCUGUGGGUGUUCAAAUUCAUGCAGAAGCAAAAUCACCCAGCAUGUCUGAGUUUGGUACAGUCCAGAACAAACAUAUGUUCAAUGACGUUCAGGUUCAUACGAGAGAGAUGCCCUUCAGCUUGUCAGGGUGUAACACGGCCAAUAAGAAAGCUACGACGAGGGACCCUCAAAUUCACACAGAGGAGAAACCAUUUAGUUGUGCUGAGUGUGGCACGAAAUUCACCCAAAAGAGAAGUUUGACGAGACACAUGGCAACUCACACAGGAGAGAGACCAUACAGCUGCUCUUUGUGUGGGAGAAGAUUCGCCCGAAAAGGAAAUAUGACCCAGCACAUGAUAAUCCACACUGGUGAGACACCAUUUAGCUGCUCGAAGUGUGGGAAAAAGUUCAAUUCUAAAGGAAGCAUGAACAAUCAUAGGUUAGUGAAAUGUGUGGACAAAGUUUUAAGCUGUUCUGAGAACGACAUGAGAUCUGAGAACGAAGGAAAUUCAGUCAGUCACACACAAAUACACACCAGUGAGAAACCGUUCAGUUGCAUCGAGUGCGGAGAAGGAUUUACCCAAAAGGGAACGCUGAACAGACACAUGAUACUCCACACAGGAGAGAAACCAUUCAGCUGCUCUACAUGUGGGAAAAGUUUUACCCAAAAAGGAAACUUGACCAAACACAUGAUUACUCACACAGGGGAGAAACCAUUCAGCUGCUCUGUGUGUGGCGUACGAUUCACCCAAAAAAAGUAUGUGAGGAAACACAUGACCCAUCACAAAGAGGGGACUCCCUUCAUCAUUCAGAGUACUGGGGCGUGGUACUGCUGA